AGCGGUUGGAGGACUUUGACUAUGAGUCGUAUGAGGAGUUGAUGUCAGAGUACCUGGCCGUGCUCACCAGGAGGUCCAUCAGAUGGUCCAGGCUGUUGCAGGGACGGGGGCGGCUGGAGAAGAGCAUCAAGGUGAAGCGGUAUGUGCGUAAGGGCGUGCCCAACGAGCACCGAGGGCUGGUCUGGAUGACAGCCAGCGGGGCCCAGGAGCACCUGGAGAAGAACCCAGGCUACUAUCACUCUCUACUGGACACUACCAAGCAACAGCACGACCCCAAGCUGGUAGACUCCAUACGCACAGACCUGAACAGAACCUUUCCUGACAACAUCCAGUUCCGCAAGACGUCGAACCCAUGUCUCCAGAAAACCCUGUACAACGUGCUGCUAGCGUACGGACACCACAACCCAGCUGUGGGCUACUGUCAAGGCAUGAACUUCAUCGCUGGGUACCUCAUCAUCAUCACUAAAGAUGAGGAGAAAUCAUUCUGGCUGAUGGACGCUCUACUGGGCAGGAUACUACCAGACUACUACACCCCAGCCAUGCUGGGUCUGAAGAUGGACCAGGAGGUUUUAGGGGAGCUUGUGAGGACCAAAGCCCCAGUUGUGUGGCAGGCCAUGGGGCAACACAACGUCAUGUGGACCCUGGUGGUGUCCAGGUGGUUCAUCUGUCUCUACAUAGACGUCCUGCCUGUAGAGACAGUUCUGCGUAUCUGGGACUGUCUGUUCUCCGAGGGUUCUAAGAUUCUGUUCCGUGUGGCUCUGAGAAAAUCUUCACGGAACCGUGAAGCCUCUCCAUGUCGUCAGGUCACUGCUCCAGGGCAGACGUGUUCUGAGGUCAGUCUGCUCCAGGGCAUCGCUGAGGAGUCCUGA